AUGGCCUCUACUCAAACGUCUCAACCACGCGUUUUUCCAACUUCAGGAUUCGAUAUUUUAGAUCCUUCUGAAAUAUUCGAAGAAGAAACUCUUCCUGAUUAUUUAAAGGAGCGCUACUAUCCAGUUCACAUUGGUGAAGUUUUCAAAUCCCAAUAUCAGGUUGUAACUAAACUCGGCUUCGGCUCAUCUUCAGCAGUAUGGCUAUGUCGGGACCUACGAAGUAAUAAGCGCUAUUUAGUUUUAAAAAUCCAUGUUCGAAGUAGGCGACAGCUCCCAGAGGUGGAAAUCUCGAAGCACUUAAAAGCUAUUCAUGAUUAUCAUGGCGGUGAAAAGUACGUCCGGCUUAUACUUGACUCGUUUGAGAUUUCUGGACCACAUGGAGUGCAUCCAUGCCUCGUCUAUCAACCUGCUGGUAUCGACAUCCGCGACUAUAUACACUGUCUUGAGGGUGAUGCCUUGCCAGAAAACCUCCUUCGACCUGCCCUCCGGUUUGUGCUUAUUGCGCUAGAUUACCUCCACCAAGCCAACGUCAUCCAUACUGAUAUUCAGCCGAACAAUAUCCUUCUUGGCAUUGAUGAUGAGUCAAUCCUUGCUGAAAUGGAAGAGGAUGAGAUUUCCAACCCCGCUCCUCGAAAACAGCUUUGUGAUCGCACCAUUUACGCCACUCGUGCGAUGCCUUUAACAAGCGGCGAACCAAUACUCGCCGAUCUUGGAGAGGCGGCGCCAGAAGUAAUGCUGGGCAUGCAUUGGGAUAAUAAGGUUGAUAUAUGGGCUUUGGGUCAGAUGGCAUGGACAUUGUUCGAGCAGGGACAUCUUUUUAGGAAUCGAACUCUUGAAAAUGACACUCAACACGCCCAGCGCUUUGCGGAAAUGAUUUCUCUUCUGGGACCACCCCCAGUUGAGUUCCUUAGACGAAGUGAAGAAGGCCUCAAGUUUUGGGACGAGAAUGGUAAUUGGAGGGGCUCCAUAGAAAUCCCAGAGCAAUCUCUAGAGAGCCGUGAAUCUCGACUUGAGGCCGAUAGAGCGAUGCCUUUCCUCCGAUUUUUACGGAAGACUCUGUGUUGGUUGCCUGAGGAAAGACCGACUGCGAAGGAGCUCUUGUUAGACGAGUGGUUGAGAGGAGACGAUUAUUAA